ACAGCAAAGAUGAAGACGUUACUUUUGGCCGUUUUCGCGGUGCUGUGCAUCAAGGCAGUGCUCAGCGCAGAUCCUAAUGAGCACAACAAAGUGGUCUGCUUUUGGAAUAGUACCGCUUACGAGAGGCAAGGUCCAGCAAAGUUCCAACUUGAAGACGUCAGAUCUGCUUUAUCUCUUUGUACUCACCUUGUCUACGGAUAUGCUCAUAUCAAUUCCAACUUCGAGAUUGUUCCUGGUUCGCCGAGCUUAGAUACUGGUUCGGGCUACUCCUAUUACAGACUUGCCACGCAGUUUAAGCGUUCGUUUCCCGACUUAAAGAUUUAUCUGAGCAUCGGAGGAAAUUCCGAUCCUUACGAUGAGGAACACAAAUACCUCGUGUUGACUGAGACUUCGGAAGGUAGAACGAAGUUUAUCAACUCUGUAAACCGGCUGCUAAACGACUACGACUUUGACGGAAUUGACCUGGCAUGGCAGUUUCCACCGGUCAGACCUAAAAAACAGCGCAGCACUCUCGGGUCCAUCUGGCAUGGACUCAAGAGAAAAUUGGGUUACGGUAAAUUCAAAGAUGAGAAGGAACAGGAACAUCGCGAUGGUUUUACAAUUUUGGUCCGUGACCUCAAGGCGCAACUUAGACCGAGAUUCAAAACUCUGACUCUCACGGUGUUGCCUCACGUUAACUCUACCGUGUAUUACGACGCCAGAUUAUUGGCGCCCAACAUCGAAGCCGUACAUCUUUUCGCUUUCGAUCAAAAAACACCAGAGCGCAGCCCGAAGGAAGCCGACUUUACAUCACCAAUUUAUGCCAGUUACGGCCGUGUAGCGGAAGACAAUAUCGAUGUUGCGACAAGUUACGGAGACGAGGGAGACAAUAUUGACGCUGCAGCAAGGUACUGGUUGGAGAAUGGAACUCCCGGCAGCAAGAUCGUCGUCGGUAUUCCUACGUACGCUCGCACGUGGAAAUUGACGGAAGACAGCCAGAUUUCCGGAGUGCCGCCCAUCGUGACCGAAGGUCCAGGUGCCCCAGGGCCUAACACCAACGAACCAGGACUGCUGUCCUACGCCGAAAUGUGCUCCAAACUGACCGAGCACGCGGCAGGACGUUUGAGACGAGUCGGUGACCCAUCCAAGAAGUACGGCAGCUACGCUUAUCAGUCUUAUAAUGGUGAAACUGGAACUGAGGGGCUCUGGGCAGGUUACGAGGAUCCGGACACCGCUGGUAACAAAGCAGCAUUCGUGAAGUCCAAGGGUCUCGGCGGCGUGGCGAUUGUGGAUCUGUCUCUGGACGAUUUCCGAGGUGUUUGCAACGGCGACAAAUAUCCUAUCGUUAAAGGAGCUAAAUAUAAGCUGUAAAGAGCGAAGAUUCGAUUCAGACAGUAAUCGAAAUUCGAAUCUAUAUCAAUAUCCGAAGAAAGCUCGGAAAGAAUAUUUCAGAUGCUGACUGCGAUGAUCGUAUUUGUAUGUAUUGUCCGAUGAGCGCGAGUUAUCAAGAUUAUAAUUUUAACGAGAAAAUUUUUAACAGCAGAAUUUUAAUGAGGUUCGUGAUGCUGACACUUCAAAUGUAUUGUACGUAAGGAUAAUAAAAAAAAAUAUCGCUGCUUUAUUA